AUGAUGUUAGAGCAUGUACUUUUUCUAAGUGUUUAUUUAUUUUCUAUCGGUAUCUAUGGACUGAUCACAAGCCGAAACAUGGUUAGAGCACUUAUGUGUCUUGAGCUUAUACUGAAUUCGGUGAAUCUAAAUCUUGUCACAUUUUCCGAUAUAUUUAAUAGUCGGCAAUUCAAAGGAGAAAUCUUCUCAAUCUUUGUUAUAGCUAUUGGGCUAGCUAUUGUUUCGUCGAUCCAUCGUAACAGAAAAUCAACUCGUAUCAAUCAAUCGAAUUUGCUGAAUAAUUAG